GCGCUCUUGCGGUCAUGAUGAACCACAGUGGCCUCACGUACAGGCCCUUUCUUCGCCGCUCAUUCUCACUGAAUCGUCCUGCAAAUCGUUUACUUCUCUAUGGUGCAUCAACCCCCAACGGCAAAAAACCAGCAAUCUUUCUGGAGGAGCUCCGUGCUGCGUACGGUCUCGAAUAUGAGAAAUACAAGAUAGAACUCUCGAAAAACGUCCAAAAAGAACCAUGGUACAUCAAAUUGAACCACAAUGGCCGCAUCCCCACCCUUGUCGACGGUUUGAGGAAUAAUUUUACAGUGUUCGAGUCGAUGGCUAUUCUGCUCUAUUUGGCCAAUCAUUAUGACAAGGACCGCAAAUUUUCAUUCGACCCCUCUUCCCAGGCUAAUGAGUACAGCGAGGCAGUACAGUGGAUGGCUUGGGCUCACGGAGGACUCGGACCAAUGUCAGGACAGGCUAGUCACUUUAGGAAUGCCGCUCCGGAAAAGUUGCCAUAUGCUAUAGAACGGUACAUGGAUGAAAUGAAGAGACUGUACGGUGUCCUCGAAAUACGACUUGCCCAGCGAGACUGGCUUGCAGGACCUGGAAGAGGGACCUAUUCCAUCGCAGACGUGAAUGCUUGGCCAUGGGCUGCAGGACAUCCCUUCGCUGGCUUUGACUCUUUCGAUGAGUGGCCGAACUUGCAGAAAUGGUUCAAUAGAGUUUCCGAGAGAUCACAAGUUCAAUCAGGACUCCAAGUGUUUUGACAAGGCGGUGAACAAGUUCUCAUUAAUAGACCAUGCACCUCUCCUGUUUCAUAACCACGCGUAGAUUUUCGAUUGCUAAUGUAGUAUGCUACAAUUGUACUUU